ACUUAUCCUGACAAUGAAUUAAUUUUGAAAAUAUGUGACUCUGGUCAGUGCCUCUCCGAUGUUUACGUCACACAAAAUAAUAUAAUCACUAAAAUAGUAAAGUAAUAUACAAAUACAACCAAAGUAAAAAAGAAAAAUUCACCAUAGGGACUUAGGAAGGACGUUCUCAAAUGAUGACGUGACCACCAUCCCACUUCUUCUUCUUCUUCCCCACUCUUUCUGCUUUUCCUCUCCGCCCUCCGUCCAAAACAUCCUCCCCCACACUUCCCAUCAAUCACAAUCUCCCACCUUCCUUCCCUCACCUUUUGGGCCACGCCCAGACGCCGUCGUCUUACAACGCCGGUAAAGCUCGCCGCUGACACCUUCCUUCACCGCAGCCCGUCUCAUUUCAUCUCGCGCCAAACCCACCACCAGGCCAUUCAUCUUACCCGGGGGGCCACAAACACUCCCUUUCCACUCUCCUCGUCAUCUCCCAAUAUCGCCCGGCCCAAAAAGAUGAUAAAUUUGUCAAAUGGUUAGUUACCCAUCACCAAUUUCUUCCCCAAAUUUGGCAUCUUUGUGCGGGAUUGCCUGACGGGUCGCUGUUGGAUUUUUUUUUUAAUCGAUUCGGAGGUAGUGGGGUUCGGUAAUAAAAACGAUUGAUUGAACCCUGGAAUUUAUCGGUGGUGGGAAUCGGAAUCGAAGGUUAAUAAUCGUUUGUGAAUGAUUCACAAUUGGGUUCGGUAGAAUUUUGUCUACUUUUGGAUUGUUUAGGUUCGUGUUUCCAGUUUUGGUGGUAGUUAAUUUACCAUGGGGAAUGUGAAUGGGAGAGAGGAAGAUGGGGAAGGCGGUGGAGGUGGAGGAGAGGAGGAGAAAGAAAGGAGGAAUGGUGGCGGCGCAUUGGGUAGCUCCGGGGUUUGUGAUGCGGUUGACGAACAAGGACGGCGAGGUGGGCGCCGCGGGAGUGGGGUAAUGGUUGUUCCUCAUGUCAGCCACCAUGGCGGCGGCGUUUACCGGCCACCGCAUCCAGAAUUAAUGGGCCAUUCUCCUCCUCACAGUCCCAGAGCUAGCCACUCGCCUCUCAUGUUCACUCCACAGGUCCCGGUGUUGCCGUUGCAGAGGCCCGAUGAGGCUCAACUACCAAACCAAUUGUGGAUGCAGAGUUCUGCUAGUUAUGAGGAACCGUUCCACGAGCAAGGGAUUCCGACGAUGAUUACUUGGAGCUACGGUGGUAAAGAUGUAGCCGUGGAAGGUUCAUGGGACAAUUGGAAAGCAAGAAUUCGGCUGCAGAAAGCCGGUAAGGACUUCACAAUAAUGAAGGUGCUGCCUUCUGGAGUUUACCAGUAUCGUUUUAUCGUGGAUGGGCAGUGGAGACAUACCCCUGACUUGCCCUGGACCCAAGAUGAUGCUGGAAAUGCCUACAACAUUUUGGAUCUGCAGGACUAUGUUCCAGAAGACCUGGAAAGCAUAUCGAGCUUCGAACCUCCUCAGUCUCCAGAGGCGAGCUACAACAAUUCUCAUUUGGGAAAUGAAGAUUUUUCAAAGGAGCCACCAUUUGUUCCACCGCACUUACAGAUGACGCUGCUCAACCUACCCUCGACUUACAUGGAGAUCCCGUCGAGACCUCAACAUGUUGUACUCAACCACCUCUACAUGCAGAAGGGGAGGAACAGCCCUGCAGUUGUUGCACUCGGUUCCACCCAUCGGUUUGUAGCUAAGUAUGUUACAGUGGUGCUCUACAAAUCUUUGCAGAGGUAAAAAAAUAUAUAUAUAUAGCUGGAGAGAAUUUACAAUCCCCCGGUCAAAAAUUGUAGUUUUUACUAGUAUAUAUACAAAGUUAUUCAAGAGGGUAAACAGAACUAAUGCCCAACUCUAAUAGCUCAUUUUAUAAAGUGAGCUUUAGGAUUAUGGAGAGGAUGUGGAGUGAGGAGUCCUCCUUACAUUUGUAGUCACCAUAAUGCAAACUGCUUCCUUUGUAACCCCUCCUAACCAAAGCUCGAGUCUUUCUGCCUUAUUUUGUUCCUACUGUUGUUCAAUCUUUGGGUAGUCCUGAAAGGAAUGAACUUUAGCUCAAAUU